UGAAGUUGCCGCCACCGAAAUUCCUCAAGCUGACAUUCCGGCUUUCAAACCUUCAGAACAUUGACAAAGAGAGUGCAUGCACAUAAUGCACAUAAUGCUUGGAAAGCAUCAUUAAACAUGAUCUUCCGGUCAUCAUGUAGUGCUUAGUGACUUGCUGCAGAUUUAAUAAGCCAAGCCAUGAUUUGCUCUAAGGUUUGCAUUUUGGCCUGUCUUGGGUGUUUCCUGGCCUCUCCAGUUCAACCUCAACAGCCAAAGUCAAGGGGGCCUCUCAGAGUAGCCAUCAUUGGGGGAGGCAUUGGUGGGACCUCGUGUGCCCACGCCCUACGCCAAGGGCUGGGCUCCAAUUUGAGUCUAACGCUCUUUGAAAUGGGCGAAGUGGGCGGGCGACUAGCCACAAUUGAAAUGGCCGGGCAUGAAUACGAAUCCGGAGGGUCCAUUAUCCACAGUCAGAACCGUGAAAUGGCCACAUUCGUCAAAACAUUGGGACUAAAAGCCACGAAGAAAGCGGGUCGUUUGGAUCAUUGGUCCAUGUCCACCUUCAGCCUCUUCAACGAGAGACAGGAGGUUCUCUUUCAACUCACAGAAUGGACUUACUUUCAAAACAUCCAGAUGAUCCUCCGAUAUGGUCUGCUCAGUCUCUACAAAAUGAGUGCCUUCAUCUCGGAAUUGCUCACCAAUUUCACCAAGAUCUAUCCCAUUUUGGAUGCAGGCAUAGGUUUCUCGUCAACGGCCGAGAUGCUGAAGCACAUGGAAACCCGUUCAAUAUCUUCGGCCUCCUUACUUAACGCCACAUCUUGGAGUUUGGACGAGGCCAUGCGAGCCCAAGGGAUGGAUCCAUUGCUGAUCCAUGAGAUUGCCACUGCGGCGGUGAGGGUGAAUUAUGGCCAAUUGCCAAGUGAUUUGCACUCUCUGGUGGGGGGCGUGGCUCUGGCAGGGGCUGAAGGCAAUUUGUGGUCCAUAUCUGGGGGCAACAAACAAGUUCCUGCCCUUCUUUUGGAACGGUCCCAAGCCGAGUUCGUGUCAGCUAAGGUUGAUUUGGUGAAAUUAAAUGCAGAUGGAUCAUUCAAAGUCGAAUAUCGGAAUAGAAUGGAUGACAAUGUUCCCUACUUGUGGAAAGAAGGUGGGGUUGGUGAAUCCGUGACAGAACUCGAGGCUGAAAAUAUGGAUGGCACUUUUGAUGUGGUAGUUCUGGCCACUCCUUUGACCAAUGAUAAGAAACAAUUGGAGUUUCAAGGAUUCCCAAGGGCGUUUGAAUUCCCUGGCAGGUAUCAUCGUUGUGUGACCACUUUUGUGCAUGGACGUUUACGUUCCAAAUAUUUCGAUACUAACAACAUCAACUUGGUCUCCCCGAGCAAUUUCUAUGUAAGUGGCGACUCCAAGAUCAACUCUAUAUCAUUGUUGGUGCCCGUGAAUUAUAGCUUCGGCAUGAAAAUCCCUGAAGUUUGGAAGAUCUUCUCCCAGACCCCCUUAACUGAUGACGACCUGAAUGAUAUUUUUCGGACCCGAGAGGACAUCAAAAUAGUGGAUUGGUUGGCUUAUCCGGAAUACACUGCUCAUUACCAACCCGAUCAGUUGGGGAAUUUCACCCUUCAUCCAGGCUUGUUUUACAUCAAUGCUAUUGAAUGGGCGGCUUCUGCCAUGGAAAUGUCCGCCUUGGGUGGGAAAAAUGUGGCCAAUCUGAUCCUAAAGCAAAUUUUAAAGAAGCCCAAGAAGCACGAGACACGUUAUGAUGAACUAUGAUGCUCGAUGACGAAAAUGAUGAUAAUAAUCCGAACUCUGAUUGAA